AUGAUGGUCCUCAAUACAUCGGAUGAAAUUUCGACUUCGGAUGAUAAUUUUUCCCGCAUUGACUUUCCAUACAUGGUGAGAAAUCCGUAAUCUCUCAGAAAACUCCAAAAAAUUGAAUUUUGAAACUGGCUGGUCAAAAUAAUGCAAAAGAGAAAGCCUAUAAGUUACAGAAGAUUCUAAAAUAACGGAAAAAAGAAGAAAAAAAAAUAGCCUCGAGACCGGAGAAAGUGCGCUCCACGGAUAAUAAAAGUUAUCAGUUCUCAAAACUUAUAUUUCUCAACUUUAUCGGAGUUUUCCUUAGUUUUGAAGUAUGCUAGAUUCACAAUUUCAGAAAAAAGGCCGGAAUGUGUCCGGGGAAAGUUUGCUCCAUGGCGAAUUGAACUUUUUUUCAGCUUUUUCUCUUCGCUUUUGGGUUAGGACUUACAAAAUAUAUUUUUGAUAUCUUAAAAAUUUUAUAAUUAAAAAAUGCUUGAAGAACUUUGGAAAGAUGAUUUUUUCAAUCGAGAGGUGAAUUGCUGAAUUUUUUUCUCGCAUGAAAAAAAUCAUUUCAAAACUUUUCAAGUAUUCAGCAAUAUAAACUUUCAAUACAAUCAAAAAUAUAUUUUAAAAGCUCUCAAUCAAAAAAGAAGAGAAAAGGCUAGAAAAAUUCGAAAUUCGCCAUGGAGCACACUUUCCCCGGCCUUUCGAGUGGCUUUUUUUUUCCAGCUCGGCAAAAUCUCAAUUUUUCAGGUCGGGGUUUUCGUCAAGGUGUUCAUGAUAACAUUCACCGUCUCCGGCUACACUCUGAUACUCUGGAGCGUAAACCGGGAAAAGUCGACGAUGACGACGUCGGCGGCCAAGAACAAAAGUCACACGACGAUCGUCCUGCAGGCCCUCCCCAUUGCCAUCUAUUCUAUCGUGGGUUCAAGCCGAAUUCUAAACUAUUCUGAGCCAAUAUUUCAGCUUCUGAUAUUCAUCGACCUGUUUAUGAUUCUCAUGUCGAUUAUUUCCACCAACGACAAUUUUUGGUGGCCCCUCUUUAUAGUCUUCUACUUCAUUUUCAUUUUUCUUUCGGGUUUCACCAAAAAAAAAGUUUUUUUGAAGAUUAAAGUUCAGGUUAUGUUGUACCUGCCUCAUUCAUUAUUGGGAGUCCAAAGAAACGGAAAAUCUUCACUUCGUUCCGUUUCCGGAGUCGCUCCGAAUCCGAUAAUAUAUGGGUUCAAAGAUCGACGAAAAAGCUCCCAGGCAAUUAUUAGUUCAUAAAAUUAUUCAGUUUUGAUUUUUUUCAUACAAGAAACAAAGAAACAAGGUUAAAAAAAUGGGAAAAUGUCGAAAAAAAUUGCAUGAAAAAAAGGUACAUUUGAGAGCCUUCUGAAUUCAAAAAAAUUGAAAAAAAUGAAAUAUUGAGAGUUUCAGUUUAUUCAAGGCUGAGCUAAAAGUUAAGAAAACACUAGAAGAUUCAAAAAAUUCACAAAUGAGGCUUUUUGAAAAAGUAACAGCUCCAGCUUCUCGUCCAAAAUCCUUUUCUUGACAUUUUUUUAAGAACCAAUUUUUUUCAAAUGGCCCAACGGCCUAAAAUUCAAGAAUAUUCAGUUCAACUUAUAUUUUAAAAAAUAGCUCAAAGGCCUAAAAGUUCGAGAACAUGUUGUGUUCGAACACUGAGUAUCCAACUUUUAUCGUUUCAUGUUGAAAAUUGAGAAAGAAGGGAAAUUCAGCGACAAGAACCUUCGGAGAAUUUCACGAGUUCAAAAAAUGGAAAAUCAAAAAAUUAGGAUUUCCAUGGAAAAUCUCUGCAGAACUGGCUACAAGGAAAAAUCGUAUAAAUAAAAAGUUCAGAAAAAAUUGUGUGAUCGGCUGAUCAUUAGGGGAUCAAGCCUUGAAUGUAUAAUGAAAAAAAUAUGAAGUAUAACUGGAAAAUUCCAGAAGAACCUGAAAAGAAGCUGUUGGAAAAUAAAGUCAUUUUUAGGAAAAAAAAGGCGAAAAAAGGAGAUUCAGAGAAACUUUUUAGGAGCUCAAAAUGAGCUCUAGAGUCUAGACCCUUCUUUUUAAGACCCUUUUGAGGUCUUUUAGACUUCCUUGUAGGGAAAAAUCAUAUAAAAUGGCAAGGUCCAGAAAAAAACUGUUGAUAUUCACAUCUGCAUGAGUUCAAAUGGACCAUUUUCAUUGAAAAGAAAAGGAAAAUGAUCAGAAAAUCAAAAAAUCAAAAAAUCGAUAGCUUCCUUGUAGGGAAAAAUGAUGAAAAUAGGAUAAGCUCAAAAAAAAUUAUUCACUAUCAGGUUCUCAAAAGUUAAAAUAGAUCAUUUAUACUGAAAAAAACAAACAAGUAAAAAAAUUUCCUUAUCAAGGAACGUUUAUUACCCCCGAUUGAAAUUUUUGCUGAAACUUUGCUCAAGUGUACUUUUAGGGCCCCUUGAUUCCAGAAAAGAAAAAAAAAUUCUCGCAAUAGAUCUUUUUUCCGAGUUAUGGAGCUUCAAAAGCCCGAAAUAGCGCUUUUUUGGCCUGAUUUGCGUAUUUUGUACACUUUGAAGCUCCAUAACUCGGAAAAAAAUAUUCAUUGCGAGAAAUUUUCUUUUUUGUUCUGGAAUCAGGGGGUCCUUAAAUACACUUCAGCAAAGUUUCAGCAGAAGCUCAACCGGGGGAAUUUCCUGGUUGGAGGAGGAAAUCGUAUAAAUAGCCACAGAUCCAAAAAAAGUUGCAGAUAAUCAUAAGAAAAGGGAACGAACUUGCCGAGGGCCUUAAAUAGACUCAGAGACAAAACAUACAGUACGAAGGGACAUAUUUCUAGAACAACCGGAAAAAGCGGCCCUUCUGCCAAUUAAUAAAUCGUUGAUCCAGUGGUAUGACUGGCGCUUCCGGCGGCCCCCUCUGUGUGUUUGAAUCAUGGGGGCGUGAUAACUGACGCCCCAGAUUUUGACCGGUCAGACGCUGUUUCUUGGUCCCUUUCCACUUUUCAUUGUUACAAAAUCUACAAGUUUCCAUGCAAAAUCGCUCCGGAAACUAUGGAAGAUCAUCCUACUUUGCGGUUGGGAUUUACCUGUAAGUUGACCAGAACGCUCCUUGAUGUACCAGAAGAAGAUUUUGAAAGUCUCAACCUGCGAAAAUUCCCUGUUUUUCGGAAAAGACGCCUCAAAACCCAUAAAAUAGGCUAGUUUGAGGCUUUGAGACCUUAUUUCUCGAAAAUUAGGACGUUUUGCAGGUUGAGACUCUCAGAAUCUUCAUUUGGUACAUUAAGAAGGGUCCUGGCCAAUUUUUCAGGAAAUUCCCAGCCGCAAAAUGACCCUCCCCAACCCCCGUGGAAACUUUCAUUUAUUCAAUCUCUACUGGGCCAUGGAACAUUUGAAGAGCUUGAUGGCGGUUCUCGAAGCUGUAGUUGAUCAAGAACGGCUCGCCCUCCUUGCGACAGUUGUGGACGAGUUUCGAGCGUUCCGAUGA